AUACCGCUGCAGUCAUGGGUUAGAUCUAUACUUGAUCAGGAGUUCCAGGUCUUGUGAAACCCUAGAACUGGAAUUAGUAGACCUUUCAUGGGAUUGUUCUGGAUUGGCUGAUACACAUAAUUUUGUGUGAACUUGUUCCAUAGGAAGCCAGGUGCUUGUCUCUAUUACCGUGAACCUGUUCAAAUAUUUGCGUUUUCGCAACCGCCGUUAUCAAAUGUUAAAAUUUGUCGUGAGAAAAGAGAAACGGAUUGACGCAGACGUUGAAUUGUAAGUGAUAAGCACAAAUGCUCCAUUCAUUCUAUCUUGGACUAAUGUAGAUGAGAGCUAUAGAAUAACGUUAUUUUAUUAGUUGAAACGUACGUGUGUGGCUAGUGAGAACAUGCUUGCGAUGUACUAUCAAACCGGGAUAAGACACUUUCACUACUCUGAGGAACAGCUCAAUGGAUUAAAUAUUUACACCGACAGACAUCGUCAUCAUUCCACAGGCCAGAGCUAUGGACCUUACAGCACCAACUCCCCCAGGGGUAACUUGAGGAACCACGGGUCCAGUCCAGCCAUUGGUAGGGACACCAUCUUGGUGGAAGCCAGUACCUACAGACAGAUGGUGCAGGACUUGAGCAGCAUGAAGACAGCCCUUGGCAAACUCAGCAGGAUGCUUCAAGAUCCGAAAGCUCUUCAAGAUAUGCUUGCUGUUUGCCAGCCUGGUGCAGAGAAAGACCCUGGUGCAGAGACCAUGGAUAACAUGACCCAAUGUGAACAGAUACCUGUGCAGGAAGGAGAGAAUCAGACUGACUAUGUACAGUUGGACUCAAAGGUACCUGUUCAAACACGUGAAGCAGCAUCGCAGAGUGAGAGUAUGCAGAGAGAGAACAGAGGAGUCCAGAGUGAUAUAACAUUUACUGUAAGUAUCUACUUGAUCAAAGAGAUAAAAUAAUAAUAGAUGGGAUUUGUAAUGCGCCAAAUCCACUCUGCAGAAUGCCCAAAGCGCAGUGAAAUAAUUUAAAGAGAGAGAAAAGUACAUAUACAGUGAUAAAUUAAGGAACUGACAAUUAAGAGAAGGAAGCAUUGAAAAGAUGCAUACUUAUCUAUUUUAUUUAUAUUUUCAUUCACUGAUAAAAUCGUUUAUACAGAGUGGGUUGUUUCGCCAGUGGUCUUACAGGCACAUAUUUGUCAGUUUUCAUAGGGGAAUUUGACACCAGAUUUAUGAUCCGCAAAUGAUAUGUAAUAUCAGUGGAAUGUUACAUUAUGAUAAAAAAUCAUUAUCUCACUUUACCUUGCCUGACAGUUGCACUAGGCAAAUCAGGAUUGGUCAAAGAAUUUCUUGCUGUACAUGUACAUCUAAUUUGCUUCCCUCCAGAGAAGAAUCUAUUACAGGUAUUUCCAAUGCUUUUCACAAAGUCUGGGGUCAGCAUACAAUAAUUAUCCACUCCCCAUGAACGCUGGCGCCCAUGAAGGACCUAUAAUGCUUGCGGUCCAAAUCUCUUCCUUCAUUCACAUCUAUGGAGCUUUCUUUUAAAACUUUUUGUAGUUUCAGAUGACAUUUCAUAUUUAUUUCCACGUUUCAUCAUCCCUUAUGUUCCUACGUGUAUUUUUUUCUCAAUACAGUUGUGUUCAAAAGUUAGUGAGCCCCACUGCAAAAUGCACUCAUUCAUGCUGAGUGUUGAAUGUAGGCAACAACACUACAAAUAUUUUGUCAAGCCCAGAGAAACAAACCUUAUUGAAUGUGAUAUUUUAUCACCCGACUUCACAAUUAAAUAUCUAAAACAUAGCAGAAUUGGAACACUUAAAAUAUGCUCACUCUCUGGUGGGAUUCACUAACAUUUGAGCACUACUAUAUCUCUGCCCAUCUUACUCCCCUCUCUUUUUCUGCUCCUCCUAUUUUUUAAAAUCUUUCUUUCAUUCAUACCUCAAUUCAUCUGCAUUUCCUUUCCCCUCCUCAACUUUUGCCUUGAAGCUUCCUUUAA